GAGUGGCGCUCAUCAGUUGGCUAUGAGAGCUGCCGUCGAGAGCUUGGCUAUAGCGCGAUACGGAAAACGAAAUCGAAACUUAAAAACAGAAACAGAAACUGAAACCAAAACCGAAAAUUCAAAUUGAAAUCUCCAUCCAUCUGCACCCCCGUCUCUCCCACACACUGCGCUCGUUCGGUACGUGUUAAGUUUUUUUAAUUAGCUGAAUUUUCAAGUGAAUCUGUGGCCAACACGAAAACAAAAACAAAACAACGCAAAGCAAAACAAAAGAGAAAAUUAUACAAAAGUAAUACAAAACACAAUCCAACAAAAUAAAAGCAGCAUUAAAUGCCACAGAAGAGAGAUGUCUGUGAGGUGAAGUGAAUAAAUUCCAAGACAACAAAAUCUAAAAAAAAAAUAUAUAUAUACUUGGAAGAUCAUCCCAAAAAUCUGCUUAGAUUUCGAACAAGAUAUUUGUGGAGAAAUCCCAAAACACAAAUAUCUGUGUGUGUGUGUUUUCUGCCGAGUAUAGUAUAUAAUUGCCCGGUUUCUCUUUCGCUAACAGAUUGACAUCACGCCCUGCCAGCGGCCGAAGACUCAACGACUCGACGACUCGAAUGCAAAUGCAAAUCGACGACGAAUGAAUCGACAAUGACAAAGAGUAUUAAAUGUCUGCGCACUUCUAGUUGUAAUACAAUUCUCCUUGCCCAUGUGAUAUUAGCUUGUACUGUAGCAGCACACAGCUCGCCACCGCCAUGCGGUUUGUAUGGCGCGCCGCCUUGCCAAUUUCUACCGGCACCGCCCGGACAGACGCCCACCUGUGCCCGGCCCGGGAAGACGUAUUGCGAGCAUGUUGAUAAUUAUCCCACCUAUCUCAUCAAGAGUCUCGUCCGCAAAUGGGGCUAUGAGGCCGGCACACUGCUGGUGGACGAGACCUGGGAGGAUUUCGCUGCCGUGGCGUGGCACGAGACGCCCGUCUUCUAUGAUCCCAAGUCCAUCUUUCCGCCGCGCGAUCCCAAUACACAGGACUUCAAUGGCUACAGCUAUCAGACGCCAUUUGGUGGCAGCUCUCAAAGGGUUAACGGUGGCAACUCUCUCUUUGCCAGCAGCCCCUCAACCGAGGCACCAACGUAUCUGCUUUAUACCUCCUCGGGGGGUGGCGGUCAUGGUCAUCGAUCUGGACAGCGCUACAAUCAUCAGGCUGCGGCAGGAUCUGCGGGUCAGCUGUUCUUCAAUCAGGCAGGCAAGACCACACCAUACAAUGCCACGCUCUGGCUGAAACGUUUGGUGCGGGAUCUAAGCCGCAAGCAGAAAGAGGAAGCCCCAGAGGCGGAGCAGAAGCAGCAGCAGCCAGAAGAAGAGCACCCAGUGGUGGCUGCGGCAGGAAAGGAAGACAAGCUGCUGGAGAAGGAGCAGCAGAAGCAACAGCCAGAGGAGGAUGAACAGCAGCUGGAGCACCAUCAACUCAAACGCGAUGUCUCGCUCAACAUGGAUCUCUUAGAUAUUGUGGGUGUGGCCGGUAAUCCCUCAAAGAAGCGCUCUCGCACCAAGCGCCAAAGUCCCGGCCGCUCCACGCUCUGCCAGACCACCUCCCAGUUCAUUACGCCGCAGGCCGCCCUCAAUAGUCGCGGCAACUGGAUGUUUGUGGUCAACGAGCAGAACACCGCUCGCCAAAUGGUCAAAGCGGAGCUGUGCGCCUCGAACACCUGCUCCAACCUGUGCGAGCUGCCCAACGGCUACAACUCGAGAUGCGAGCAGAAGUUUGUGCAAAAACGUUUAAUUGCGCUCCAGGGCAACGGACAGAAUCUGUACACGGACACGUUCUGGUUUCCCAGUUGCUGUGUCUGCACGAUAGCUGCCAAUUAAACCAGGAUGGGCAUGAGGAUUGCUAGCUGUACACAGGACCAUGACAGAGCCAGUGGAGGAGCCGCGGAUACAGAACAGGCAGGACAGGAGAAGCAAGAUCCCAAUCCGUGGACAGGACACAUCGGAACCAACGUCACUUGUGCUGAAAUACGAUUUGAAAAUAGUUAUUGCAAAUUCAUAAUUGAUAUCUAAAUGUUAUAUACAAAACACACACUCUCAUAGAUACACACACACACGCAAACACACACAAACACACACGAAUAGCUGUAGCUUUUAGA